AAUCACCAAGAAGAAAGAACCAAGUGAGAUGUUUUCAUAAUUGGUCAAAAAUCCAAUAUGCCAAAUGUUACAGUAACAGGUUCAGUCAGUGCUUCAUGUAGCUCUGUAACGCCUGCAGAGGGAGCCAGCUCCAUUUGUUUUGAGCGUGAGAUGAUUCAGUUGAGGAUCAUGUUUUGCAGUGACAGUGAGUAUAUGAAUAACUUGAUUAUAUUCUGUAGGUCAUAUUUGGGUCCAUGUAUUUACACAAGCUUUGACAACCAAUUAGUUUUUCCCUUUGCAUAUUACAGGACUUCACUUCUGCCUUUUAAAAAGUAACAAUCGUGACGUGUCUAGUCCAGCUGUGACUUUAAUACAAAUAUACCAUUUUUGAUUUAUAGUGAUAAAAUAUACUGUGUGUUAACAAAUGUUAUUGCUGGCAUACAAAAAAUAGUUUUUCUUUGUUUGUUUGUUAAAGUCCAAAAUGAUGAAAGUCCACUAACUGGCAAAGAAAAAAUCCUCCCCAAAGACAAACAGCAAAGCCCCUGACUCAUAGCGCUGUGUUAGGGAGAGAGCAAACCAUACUGUUGACAUCAGGAGGCCAAUGAUGUCAUGGUGAUGUCAAUGCCUCUAAUUGUAAAUUGCACACAUAGCCUGGGCUGUUGGCUGUGGUAACAUUUCAGUCAGAGAGAAGACUCUGAAGGGGACAAGCCUCUCUUGGAGAAAAAAGCCUGGGAGUUAAUACAACAUGGCUGUAACUGGGGAUGAGACAGAAACAGCCUCUACGGGUGACCUGACUGCCUGUCAGCUGCGGAACAGCAGUUCCAGCCUCCUGCAGGCUGCGGUGGAGUCCAGCCCUCGCAGCUCCCAGAAACCCAUGGGGGACUCUGUACAAAAGAGAGAGCUCCGCCUGAUGAGGAACAGGGAAGCUGCCCGCGAGUGUCGACGAAAGAAGAAGGAAUACGUCAAAUGCCUGGAGAAUCGCGUGGACGUGCUCGAGAAUCAAAACAAGACUCUGAUUGAGGAGCUCAGAGCCUUAAAAGACAUCUACCGACACAAAGCCGAGUGAUUCCUCCGGCGAGAGGAGGGACCGUAUUGGUUGACUUGAGGACUCACACACGCGUACAGACACACACACGCGUACACACACACGCUCACACAAAACACUCCUUGUCCUUUCUGUUAAAUGUGUUUACAUGAUGAUGUCAAUGUUUCUGGCUCUGAGUUAUCCACGCGCUGCCACAGCAAAAAUAAGAACCCUAUUUCAAGUUGGGGUUAUUAUCAGCGAAGACCUUAUGUCCUUUUGCACUGGGGAGCUGAAGGAAGGAAUAUAUGGACCACCUGCAGACUUCCAACGCCUUACUAGACACGGAGAAUCAGAUGCUGAAGGCUCAUCUGCCUCUAUAUGUCACUAACACCUUCUCUGAACUGCAUUUUACAUUCCUUGAUGCUCAGUUUUGUCUUUCAGCUCUAUUAAAGACACAACUUGAUAGUCUUUGUGAUGGUCUAUUUUUCUACAGAGAUUCUUCAGGCAGCCAGAAGCUAAAUGUUCAAAGGGAAUCGGAGCAUAAGGGCCUCUAUCUAUGUAUUUAAUUUGGCUCCACAUCAAAAAGGAACUAACACCGCCUGCAUUUAUCACGCGUCUUCCUUCAUAUUUAAUGUAGAGACCUACCAGCAUCUGUUGCGCAUCACUUUGAGGAUUUUUCUUGCUUCUGUCCUUUGGCGUUCAUAUUUAUUUAGAAGAAAUACCCUGAGUUUUGGAUGUUUGGAAUACCAGUGCUUGAUUUGUGUAAAAAAAAAAAAAAAAAAAGUCUUAAUAUGAACAAAUGUAUAUUUAGUUUACAAAAACACAUUUGAUGAAAUUUUAUGAUCUUACAAACUUAGUAAUUUGCUGUUUCAUCUUAGUAUAAAUGGCUAAAUUGAGAAGUUAUUUAUGUAUGUUUCUUUUUGAAUAGAGUUAUUUUACAUGAUGAAUUGUAUGUAGAAAUGCUGUCUUCUCUGUUGGUGC